AUGGAUGAAACACGUGGCUCGCGAACCGCGUUACGGUGGACCAUAGGCCACGUGGCUUCAGAGGGCGAAGACACCGUGGUGCUGCUGUGCGUACAGGACCCGUCCGUGCAGCCAGUGGCUGUGACUCCUCAGCUCCUCGACAGUCUCAUGGAACGCUCACGGCAGAUGUGCCAGGAGACGGACAAGCAGGCGGGGCACUUAGCAGUAGCAUAUGCAGCUCACUUCACCAACUUGAAACCCGAACCCUUUCCCCCCCUCCUCUCUCCCCCCCGUUGUCCCCCCUUCGCCCAUUUCCUCUUCCCCUCCUAUUCUCCAUCCGCUCAUCCUCUUUCCUCCCCUCCCUCAAUACCUUCUAUGCAUUGCUGCACUUAUGCCCCCCCCCUUGCCGCUUUUGCACCUCUCUUCGUUGCCUUCAGCUUCCCUGAAAUCUGCCCAUCCCCAAUCCACCCCCCUGUUCACCUUCCACCCCCACAUCCCCAACUAUAUCCCUAUCCAUCCACCCCCAAAUUGACCCCCCUAUCGUAUAUCUUCCUAUCCACCCUUCCCCCAACACCCCUUUCUCUCCGACCCCUUUUCCCCCCCCAGCAUGUUGACAGGCAGCCGGGGCAACUACUGUGCAGUGUGUGCGCCGUGCCCGGUGCUGGUGGUGCGCAUGGCGCCAGAGGAGGAGCAGAUGCGCCUGCAGUGCAACCGCCCGCGCCGCAUCGCGAUAGGGCUUGA